CAUUCAAGGCAAACAAAAAUAAUUUUUAUCUUAUUUAUUUUACAAGUGCGCUGCUGGUAAACAACAUCUCAUCCAAGUGUUAAAUCCAUUUCAUCGGGACUGCUCCGAUUCAAAAGAGAGAUAAAACUUAAAGCCGCGCCAGCGUCGUUCUUUGUUAUACUAUUUGUCGUGGACCACCUGCAAAUAUGCAGCAAUAACAAUAACAACGUCGAAAUCAAAAACAAAAACGUAACAACAACAGCAACGUCAUUGAUUGUUGUACACAUACUUGAUAAAUACUCUGCCAUGCCAUACAACUGAUUGCCAUUAUUGCCAAUAAGAUGAGAGGAAUUGAGGGCAAAGUGGUUGUGCUUGGUUCGCGAGGAGUGGGGAAAUCUCGUUUGGUCAUCAAGUACAUCAAGAACGCACUGCAUCGCGCCGAGGAGCCAACGAUAGCCGUCUCGUUCUUUACCUGCAACAUCGUCUUGGACGAUGUCAAAAUCAAAUUACAAAUCUGGGAUACCGCUGGUCAAGAGCGCUUCAGAGCAGUUGCUCCCAUGUAUUAUCGGAAUGCGAAUGCAGCUAUUUUGGUCUUUGAUCUGACACAGUACAAGACAUUCACGGAAAUUAAAUCAUGGAUACAGGAACUGCAUCGCAACGUGCAGGAUCCGAUGAUACUGACGCUGGUGGGCAACAAGAUGGACUUGCAGGCCCAGCGUGCUGUAUCUCGAGAUGAAGCUUACGUAUUUGCCAGCUCCAUUGGGGCCACCUACUUUGAAACAUCCACCGAAACUGAUCAAGGCCUGGAGCAGGUGUUUCUCUCAACGGCAAUGGGGCUGGUGCGACUUGCCGAUGAGGGCAAAAGUCAUUCUCUGCGCUCCUUUCAAUCCACCGAUUCGCUGGCCUAUACCAAUGGAAACACUGCCUUCAGCCACACCGUUGCUGCACUGGCUAGGAAUCAGGAUAGUGCAGCUUUCCGCCUGCCCUAUGUGCAUAUCGGCAUUCCAGUCGAUGGCCAGGAUGUGAAGACGACGGGUGAGGGUCGGCUGGAGACGCCGUCGUGGAGUAUUGAGCAUAUCGCUCUGGGCGAGGUUGAGAAUCCCCGCUGGUGCUGCUACUGAAGCAACCAAAGCAACAAACGAUACAAGAGAAACAAAAGAAACUGCAACUGACAACUUUUCAACAGCAUUGUGAUGUUAAUUAAACAGGUUUACUUUAGUUAUGCGCCUGCACUCGAAUAUAUGAAUUGGCUAAGCAAUCAAAUCCAAAUACAAGACCACCCCCAACAUAAAAUAACAAACAAACUGAUAGGGUACCAAGCACUGCGACUUCCGAGGCGACCUUGACAAGGACAUUGGACAUUACGCCAAACGGACAGAGCUGCUAAAUGUUAAGGUAGUUGUAAGCUUAACUGUUAAGUGUAACCAGCAAAUGCCUAAUGUGUGUAUAUUAUUUAUAAAUAUUAACAAGCAGUAGCGUCGCUUAAAGCUCACUUGACUUUACCGCCUAAUUAAUCAUUCACAAAUACAUAUACGGAGAAGGACGGACGGAGGAAAGGUUCCUCUCGUUGGGGUGUUAUCACAAAUCAUGUACAAACUCGCACUUUAUACAAAAUAUACAUAAUACAUAUACUUAAAGUA